AUGAGAAACUUCCGAUCAUUAUGCUGUUGCCAGCACCGUGAGAAGCACUUAGUGGUGGUUGUCAGAUUCAAGAGAAGUGCAUUUGAAACUAGGGAGGAGGAGGAGGAGGAAGAGGAGGAGGAGGAGGAGGAGGAGGAGGAGGAGGAGGAGGAGGAGGAGGAGGAGGAGGAGGAGGAGGAGGAGGAGGAGGAGGAGAGGGAGAGGCGAGACGGCAGCAGCGAGCCUCCCUUGGAGCGUUGGAACAUGUGUUGCAGCCAGUAG